GUUGGUCAUGCAGCUGUCAGCUUUAGGAAAGCAUGUAUUUCGUAGGGAACCAAUCAGGCCGCGCGUUGUUGGUUUGUGGACCGGGUGCGACGAAGACAGACGUGAGAAAGACUAGCGGCGCAAGACUAUGGACCCGGUGAACAAUGCUGAGACCGGAGAGACAGAACCCGAACAGGAGCCGUUUUAUGUUCUUAUUCCGAAGGAAACGCGGUGCAAAAAGGAGCAGGAGAAACUGUCUGGUGUCGUUAAGAACGUCCAUAGGAAACUGCGAAGAAAAUACCGAGAAGUGGGAGAUUUUGAUAAGAUCUGGAGGGAGCACUGCGAGGAUGAGCAGACGCUCAGUGAAUACGCCCUGGCCAUGAAGAACCUGGCUGACAACCACUGGGCCAAGUCGUCCGAGGGAGAGGGUCGCAUCGAGUGGUGUCGCAGUGUUUGCCAGGAGUAUUUCCUGGAUGGUGGGAUGAAGAGAAUGUUGGAGAAGGAUGAGAAAAGUGCCCGGCUUGCCAUGGCCAUGUCGUCUUCCGCUCCGCCGUGUAGCGCCUCUCUCCCCAGGUCCAUCCCUCAGCUUGGUAAAAUGCGCUUGCUGGAUGUUGGCAGCUGUUUUAACCCCUUCCUGAAAUUUGACGAGUUCCUCACAGUCGGUAUUGACAUAGUGCCAGCAGUCGAGAGCGUCUACAAAUGUGACUUCCUCAACCUCCAGAUCCAGCAGCCUCUACAGCUGGCCGGCGACGCCGUGGAAGCCUUCCUGAGGCAGCUGCGUAGCCCCAUCGACACGCUUCCCGCACAGCUCUUCCACGUGGUGGUGUUCUCCCUGCUCCUCUCCUACUUCCCGUCGCCAUACCAGCGCUGGAUCUGCUGCAAGAAGGCCCACGAGCUGCUGGCCCUGCACGGCCUCCUCCUGAUCAUCACCCCCGACUCCUCCCACCAGAACCGCCACGCCCUCAUGAUGCGCAGCUGGCGCGUGGCGGUGGAGUCGCUGGGCUUCCGGCGCUGCAAAUACGUCAAGUUCUCCCACAUGCACCUGAUCGCCUUCCGCAAGGUGUCCCUGGACACCACCAGCGACCUCGUCAGCCGCAACUACCCGGAGAUGCUCUUCAUCCCUCAGGACUUCCAGUCCCCGGAGGAGGAGGACUACACCGACGUGCUGGUCCAGGCGCGCUCCGACCUGGAGGACGACCAGCUGGCGUGGGGUUUCACCGAGCUGCCGGACACCCCCUACGAGUCGGAUUCCGGAGAGAGCCAGAGCAGCUCGCUCCCUUUCCUCCACGAGCUGGAGGACCCCAUACUGCUGCAGAGCUAAAACCACACCAGCUACGACCCAGUCGGCUGCUCUUCUCGCUUCCUCUCGCUGGUCCUUACUCAGUCCCUAAUGCUGCCCUCUGGCCCUAACCUUUUUCUGGUUUGUAGGCCUGUAAGGCGGUGGCAAUAAGGUCGAAGCUUUGCCGUGGCACUGCUAAUACCUGUUCCCGGCCUUCAGAAAUGCUACAUGGAAGCUUUAGGGACAUGGGGUAGGGAGAGAGCAGUUUGAGACCGACUUUCUUUGUCCACAACUGCUGCGCUGCCAAAUUAACCUGCUGCAUUCUUUUCACUCCUUCCCUCUUAUCCCUUAACUAAACAAUGCAGUUUGCACAGACUGAAAGGAAAAAACGUUUACAGAAUUGUUUAUUUUUCGAUAUGAUACAUGGUUAGUCUCUCAACACAACCACACAUGCGCACACCCACACAGAUACUUUUUUUAUGAAGACUUUGUAGCAGAAUGCCCUCAGGAUAGAUGGAGAGUUAACCUGCCCCUUUGCUUUUCAUCCCAUCUUUGAUCUGUCCAGCUUUCAAACGAACCAAUAUUUGCUCCUUCAAAGGCGUUUGUUGUAAUCAGUAGUUAAAUAGUGAAUGUGCUUCAGUGCCAGCAAGCUGCUGACUUUAAAUCCCUCAAAGAGUUAGGGUGGAGAGAUUGAGAUGGAAAGAAGGAAAGGGAUGUUUGCUUCUAUUAGUUAGACGAGGCUCGACUUUCUAAUCAUUGGUGUGCAUUUUUUAAAUUCAACAACUAUUUUAAUUCAGCAUCUCUUUUGGCGGAUAUGUGGGUCUUUUACAAUAACGUGAGUUUUGUAGAAUUUUAAGCAUUUUCAAAACUAAGGUAGGCGUACGUGAUUACUUCUACUAAUGUGAAACUGUUAGGUGUUUCCCCCCGUGUGUAAUAUGGUACGAUUGUUGCAUAAUAGUCAUUACUCUCUUAGUCUCUGCUGGUGUAAAGAAACCGCUGUUUGAAUCGACAGAUGCAAAUUUACCUUCAAUGUUGUGAACCUGAAUAUUUAGAUUUUUCACUACUUCUUUCAAUUCUGUGUGAAUUAGUGUGUGGAUAGACCACAUUAUCUGAAUCAGUAGUAGGUCUGUAGUGAGGACUUUACUUAUUUUUAGGUUAACUGGUAGCUUCACAAUAGGUACUAGUAACAUAUGCAGAAAUAUAAUACUGACCAGCUAUGUAACAGUGACUUCAUCUCGUUUUAAUUUACAGUAUUUCAUAUCAAAGGAGACCAACAUUGGCCUUAAGCAACAUUCAUCAUUCAUUCCUGAAUACAUCACUUAUGUGUGUUUGUCGUUAUUAUUUAAUAUAUAUUGACUUUUUUAGGCAUAGGUUGCCAGUACAGAGUUAGUAAUUCAUUGCAUCGGUUAAUUUGACCUUAUCCCUUCAAAUGUAUUCUCAUCCACAACAUGGAAGUAUUUCCGGUUUGUACUCUGCUUAAAAGUUUUAACUCCAAAGUGUUUCCAAAAUUCUUAGAAGCUCUAAUACAAUUCCAAAUGAUUUGCCUCAAUGAGGUUUUGCACUAAUACCCUGCUGUUUCUUAAUUAGUCAAAUAAUCUAAUCUCAUCAAAGUUCAUUUUAGCAAUAGCCAGGUUUAUCCUGAAAGUACUGUAUCUUAUGGGGAAUGUUUUUCUAUGUUUUUUUUCCCCCAGUGACACUAGCACCCAAAUAUACUUAUUUGUGGACAUGUUUAUAAUGGUAUUUUCCGUGUGUGUGUGUGUGUGUGUGUGUGUGUGUGUGUGUGUGUGUGUGUGUGUG